CCGCUUUCCCUCCCAAUUUCUCUUCUCUUUUGUUUAUUAACAGAGGCGUCUCUGCCAAGAAAUCUCUCCAUUUUUUUCUCUUUUUUUUAUCCACUCUUCUUAUUACUAUAAAUAUACACACUUUAAAAUCCGUUUUUAAGUUUUUUAAAUUUAUUCUAAACUCUCUCUAAUCUCUCUUCCUCUGUAUAUUCUCCGGUUUCUCACGAUUUCUGCGAAAUAAUUUGUUCAUCGCAUUAUAUUAUUUAUCAGAAUUCGCAGAAUCUGAGAAUCAGAGAUAUCCCUCUCCUCUCAAAUCAACAAAUUAAAGAUUACAGUAUUUUUUAUUUCUUCAGAAGAAAGUUUCUUCAUCAUUUUUGGUCUUCAGGGUAUUUAUAUAUAGAGGGAGAGAUUGAAGAUGUUAGGAGAUUUCAUCACCAGAAUUCUUGUGUUGCUUUUCGGGUAUGCAUACCCGGCUUUUGAAUGUUUUAAAUCUGUUGAGAAGAAUAAAAAUCAAAUUGAAGAACUCAGAUUUUGGUGUCAAUACUGGAUAAUCAUAGCACUUCUUACUGUUGUUGAGAGGAUAGGGGAUAUUUUUAUUUCAUGGUUGCCAAUGUAUGGGGAGAUAAAGCUGGUAUUCUUUAUCUACUUAUGGUAUCCCAAAACAAAGGGAACUGGGUAUGUCUACGAAACCCUGUUGAGACCUUUUGUGGCAAAGCAUGAAACUGAUAUUGACAGGAAGAUUGUGGAACUGAGAGCUAGAGCUUGGGAUUUUGCUCUUUAUUACUGGCAGAACUGUACUAAACUAGGACAGGGUACAUUCUUUCAGAUUCUUGAGUACUUGGCUGCUCAAUCUGGAAAAUUGUCCAACACAAAUCCUAAGAAGACAGAAAAAAAUGAACCGCGGUCACCAUCAGCAGCUCCACCACGAAACGAUUCAGAUUCAAUGAGCAAGCACAAGAACAGCAGGUGGCCAUCAAGAGCGCCGCCGCCACCUCCGCCGCCAGGUAGUUCAAUCAACCGCGAACAAACAGAGAAUUUGCACUCUGAAACUGACGUCAAUGACAGCCUUCAGCAGGCUCGGAUGAAGCUCCGGCGAUCAAAACCAGCCGUGAAUUAAUAUAAAAAAAGUUCUUGUAGCAAAAUUGUACAAAAAAACACUAGCCAAACACUGAAAAAGAAAAAAAAUUGUAAAUUUUUUUUUCUUGAAUUGGAUGUUCAAUUUGUUUCA